UUUCAAAAUUUAUCAAACAAAUUAUUCAUCUCUUGCUCUCAAUUUUCCCUUUUCGAAACCUUCGUAAUCGAUCGAAAAAAAAUUGUUUUCGAGCUUAAUUAACUUCAUUUCAUACUCAAUGGCUGUUUUUUCAAGAAAUGUGUUUGUAAUGGCAAUUCUGUUUUUCAGUCUAUUAAGCUUCACAGAAGCAAGAGAUCAUUUGGUUGGUGGAAAAACUAAUUCUUGGAAAAUCCCGUCUUCUGAAUCGGAUUCCCUCAAUCGUUGGGCUGAGAAAACACGAUUCCUCGUUGGAGAUUCUCUUGUGUGGAAGUAUGAUGGGGCAAAAGAUUCAGUGUUGGAAGUGAGUAAGAAGGAUUAUGUGACAUGUAACACAUCAAGUCCAAUUGCAAUGCAUAAUGAUGGGAACACAAAGAUAGUGUUGGAACAUUUUGGGGCAUAUUAUUUUAUAAGUGGUGUAAAAGGGAGUUGUGAACAAGGACAAAAAUUGGUUGUCGUUACGUUGUCUAAGAGGAGAUACGCAGAUGCACCAGUACCGUCUCCGGUUGAAUUUGAUGGUCCAGCUAUAGCACCUACUAGCAAUGGUUUUAGUUUGAAGGCUAGUUUGGUUGUGGCUUUUGGGGUUUUAGUAGGGUUUUGGGUUUGAACUGAUUUUUUUAUUUUUUUUUAAUUAUUGGGAAUGGUCAUUAUAUUCUUUUAUUUAAUUUGUUGUUUACUU